CCACACACUAAUACCGCAAGCAUGCCUGCUAUUGUUAUGAAAACUAAUUAUAUCUCAAACAAAAAUAAAACAAACAAAUCCCAAUCUCAUACAAAAAUACACCGAACAUAUCAACAUAUGUACACGUACACUUUCCAAUCUAACUACAUACGAGUACUUUAUCAGACUCUUAGACGACGCCACUGUAUGAGACGAGCACGUACUCCUCGCCUAAUUAUUGUAUUCGGAUUUUUUAAUGAAUUUAUAAGCAAUUAUAUAAUUUUGAGCAUGAGUUAACGACGUAUAUGAACGACGGUGUACCGUAGUAUAUUCCGCGACUAGAACAACUAGUUCGCGAUACCCGGCAAACGGUUAUGGUUGAACGCCGAGACGGUCUGUGGUGAUAGUUUCCUGUUACAGUGACCGGUAGUGAUAAAGUGUGACCCACACAAUGGAUAGGCGAAAGAAACUCACCCUCAACAUUGGUCAUCGGCCAAGAUUUGGCAGCGUGCUCGAAAGCAUUUGUCAUCCGUUUCAACAUGGCGGUCAUCUCUCGAUUCGCGGAUUCCUGUGGCGAAAUCUAUUUUUGUCGCUCUAUUUAGGUGACAACUAUUUUUCUAUUUUCAAGUGUAGUCUCUCCUCUCAGCAUAUCGCGACUCACUUCGGGCGACAUUGGUACAACGUGCCCUUCUAA